AUGAAUGAAACAAGCUUUAAGGGCCGCAGGGACGCCAGACUAGGAGGAUUCCCGAUCCAGAAGCUCCAGAGUCGAGUCCUGCACCUCCACGUUUUCGACUACGAUCGCUUCUCCAGAGAUGACUCCAUUGGAGAAGUGUUCCUACCGCUCUGUCAGGUUGACCUGUCGGAGAAGCCAUCCUUCUGGAAGGCGCUGAAGCCCCCCGCCAAGGACAAGUGCGGCGAGCUGCUCACGUCACUGUGCUACCACCCCAGCCAGAGCAUCCUCACGCUCACGCUGCUCAAGGCCAAGAACCUCAAGGCCAAGGACAUCAACGGCAAAUCGGAUCCGUACGUCAAGGUGUGGCUGCAGUUCGGCGACAAGCGCAUCGAGAAGCGCAAGACUCCCAUCUUCAAGGUGACGCUGAACCCCGUCUUCAACGAGACCUUCUCCUUCAACGUGCCCUGGGAGAAGAUCCGGGAGUGCUCGCUGGACGUGAUGGUCAUGGACUUCGACAACAUCGGCCGCAACGAGCUCAUCGGCCGCAUCCUGCUGGCCGGCAAGAACGGGUCGGGCGCCACGGAGACCAAGCACUGGCAGGACAUGAUCACCAAGCCGAGGCAGACCAUCGUCCAGUGGCACCGCCUCAAGCCGGAAUGAAGAGCCAAGCCUGUGGCACCGUUCUUCGUCGACGGCCUCUGGCGCACCUCCGGCACUUCGUGGACACCGUGCCCGGCUUGGCGCGGCUUGGCGCGGCGCGGGGCCUCUAGCGACGCUCUGGCGUGCCUCUGGCGUGCCCGGCACGGUGGGGCGGUCUCGCAGUGGUCUCUCUAUCUCUCUCUCCAUAUCUCUCGAGCCUCUCGUGCCGUCAUAUCCGGGAAUCCGUUUCAGUUCUAAUUGUGAUCACUUUCAAUCUGAACCUCUCUUUCUCAUCUCUCUAUCUCUGCGUUUUUAUCUUCCAGCGUCUGUCUGUUCCGUGGAACAUUGACCUCUGGUUCACUUUUUUCAAUUUAUCGAGAACAUUUUGGAAGUCCGGGUCCGCCCACGCCGAUGGGUGGCCUGAGACUGAUUCUCUUUUAGCUGAGUGGUUUAACAGCUGUAGUUGACUUUAGAUUUCGUUGUCUGCGUACCUUUGUAGUGUCUUUGUAUCAAGAGCCUCUCUGCUGCAAGCGCUCCACCGAGGCGUCGACGUGUAUGAGGGGCACGCGGCCCUGUGGGUGUUUUCUUCGCUCGAGAGGAUCUUGUAAGGAAUAAUGAUUAGGAGAGACUUUUUCAUCUUGUAUAAACUAAAGUAUGGGUGGCUUCUGCUAAAAACUUCCCUUUUCGCUUGUUUUUCGUGAUGCCUUGAGGUGCUUGGCCUUGCCUAUGGCCUUGCCUACGGCCUUCCCGACCGCUUCUGCCCCGAUUAGAGUCUUGGCCCACACUCACACUCUGCAGCUGAAGCUGGGGUACCCGACCUGUCGACGGACACUACGCAGAAAAUGUCAAACGCUUUCUGGGAUCGGAAAACAAAGAAGCAAAGCGAGCUAGCCUUUUAGAACGCGCAACGAAACUUUUACACCUUUGCCUAUACGUGGCAGGGAAUGCCAACAUUUCGCACUACUGUGAAGUCCUGUCCCUUCUCUUCUCGUUAAUUUAUAUAAUCUUUCAUUUCCAAUGUGUCGCAAAAGAAAAUUAAAAACACUGAAUCCCCUGUGAGCCAAACACUGAGUUUAGAUUACCUCGAAAAUCAUGGUAUUAAUACUUGCCCCUUGCUCUCUGUUGUUUUUAGAAACAUCUCUUAUUCUCCUUGUCGAUAAGAUCUUCGUAUUAAGGAUUAAUCGAAACGCACAUGUAGUGCUUAAAUUUUCGUUUAUUACUUAUCGAACUGAUAUCUCGACCUUGCUACCUUGCUUAGCACUCAAAACCUGAAAAAGAAAUUUAUUGUGAUAACGUUUUGUCCUGAGGUUGGUAAUAUUUCUCCCGUUAACCAUUGAGUGUGAUUUUAUGUUGUUGUUUUUUCGGCUUACUUCAAAGACUUGAAGCGUUCUAAUGGCCCAUCUUUACGUAAAGUCUAAAAUGAUAAAAUUUCUACUUUGUUUUUAACAAAGGGAAGGGUAGGGUCCAAGUUUUAGCCAUGUUCGUUGUAGUUUGUAUGAAAUCGCUGCAUGCACUUGCUCCCGCAACUGAAAUUGUCACAAGCUUUCGAAACAUCGCGACAGAAAAGCACCAUUUUGGCGACGAAGGAGUGUCCACGAGUAGGGAAUUCAGGAUUUACCGAACCUCGUUGAAAGUUGGGACGGUAUCACAAGUUUGGUUUAUUAUCCCCGUGGGUAGCGUUAAUUUAUUUAAAAAGGUAUCAAAUCAGUGAGUUAGACAAAAAAAGUUGUUUUAGAAAAUAGGGUGUGUCAUUUUUAUACGCAGCAGAUAGAAAUUUGGCUAAGCGAUAUGUGAUGUUUUUCUUGUUGUGUUUUUUCGCAAGAGGUUUGAAUGAAUUGUGAGUUUCCACGUUUUUAUGUACAUAGAUAAUGAUAGUGCACGUUUUGAGGCAAGUGUGUAAACCGUUGUCUCUGUGGUUGUUUGCCGCGCGUUGUAAACGUUAUCAAACAUUUUUUCCGUAGCCGUUUUGUCUAUGACACGCAGAAAGAAAGGGAAGAAAGGUCGAAAUGCAGCCAAUUUCGCGUGGAGUAGCGCGACACAAGACAGGCAAGCUGAGGCAAGCGGUGACCGCACAGGGGGCGCCACCAAAGCACUUGCCUUGCCCCUCACCAUUUCUGCACCUUGUGUGGAGGAUGUGUUUGUAUUACCAUUCCUCGCCAGCACUUCUCCCGGGCGUGACCUAUGGUUCCGCGUGAGGUAGAGUUGUUGUCGAUUUCCAUUUUGUUGUUGUUUCCGUUUCUCUCGGCUCGUUGGCGCAGUCUCGAGGCGCCGUCUGCUUGUAGACAUGUUUCAAUGUAUUCCCUGCGGUAUUCUACCCGUUUGGAGUUUUUCUUGUGCCAAUUGUACCCCCUGACCUUUCGCAAUUCAUUGCUAUUGGUCCACAUUUUUUUGUCUAAGAAUAUUCUGUACCGGAUUAAUGGUACACCAUGUUAUUGUUAAAAAUUGCCGUAGUCUGGUCGUCCAUACUGUGUGUUCGGUAGGAGGGCUUUCUGGAUUAGCUGUGUAACACGUGAUGAAAGAUAUCCAAGCAUUAUCUAUUUAUUUUUCUAUGCAAAAUUUCAUCGAGGUGCAUCUUUUUUUUCCUGUGGAACCGACAAAAACAAACCUUAAGGUUUCUUUCUAAUUGCCCUUGCCAUGUUUGUGCGACGAUUCGAUCGGACGUUCCGAAAAAAUUAGCGGUGCCUUUCCUUAAUUCGUGUGAUUGCGUGAAACCCAAUCAAGUUAGCAUCUCACUUUGUCAAAUUUUGUCAAAAUAUAUAUUAUGUAUUAAAAGUACUAUGGGGGCGGCGUGCAGCACAAGCAAUGCAGCCCUGCUGUGCCCGUCCCCGGCGCAGCGAGUCAAGCGCAGCCCAGACGGAGGGCGGCGGAUUGCCGAUUCGGGACAGGUUCGGGAUGUCAUUCUGACGUCAUUGUGACGUCACUCUGACGUCACUGUGUUGCCUCUGUCUGGGCGUGCAUCCCGAGCAGCAGUAUGGAUAGCGCACCCGGCGUGACGUGCUUCAUUCGUGUAUAUAGCCUGUACCAGUGUACCGUAGCAUCGUGUAGCGCUAGCCUGGCUAGCCGGCGCUAGUCUGUCAGGCGUCAAGCGCGCACGAGCAUCUGCGCCGCGUUCUGUUAUUUAUUUUUAAAAAGAGAAAAACAAAAAAAAAAGAACUCGAGCUGUCUAAUUGUUUAAAACACCCCUAAAACUGCGCCUUCUUCGGCGAGCACGGCGGCGGGUCGCCGGGCCGUGCCAGCCCAACCCUGUCACUCUAAAACAUGGGCGGCGCGCUUCGGGGAAGUCCCUGGCAGGCCGACGGAGAGCAAUGCGUGCCCCUAAAACGCGCUGCCGCUUGCAUUUUCUGUUUGGAUAAAAAAAAAUAUUCUAAAUAGCAGCUUGCUCGUGCGUGCCCAAAGCAAAAUCAAUUUAUUUUCAGAGCAACUUGUAAAUAGUGUACGUACGCACAUUCGCGGCGAAUACCAUUGUCUUGUAUAAAAAGUAAUUUUUGAUGUGACUGACUGUUAUAUAUGUUAUGUAAAAUUAUUUGCGAAUAUUACAAACAUUACCUACCGUAAGAAGCCCUCAGUUCACUAGAAGUCACGAAAUCGGAUUCGUUCUGUGUAUUUGAACCCCGUUUAGUCACGCAGGCAGACAGAUCGCAUUAGUGGAUUAUUAACGAAGCGUGUAUCACUAAUAAAGUGUCAUUAUUGUUAAAAUAGAUAAGUGAAAGCAUAAAAAAUAUAGACAGUACUUGUAUUUUUGCAAAGUAAAAUGAAAUACAUCAUUCUAGUUACAUUUUCAUUAUUUUUUAUAUAUAAUUUUACAUUGCCAAUCCCAUGCGUCUGUUUUAGUUGGAGUUACAACGCCUUGCUUUUGUGUGAGAAUUACAGGAAAUAUUUCUUAAUGACGUUCGUAAUUUUAAACACAAACGAGUAAUGAAAUCCCUUAUCGUCAUUUUUUGUUUAAAUUGACAAUUGCGUAAGUUGCAGAUGGAAAUAGUGUAUUUGUGAAUUCAAAGUGAAGCAUCUUCUUGCCAGCUUAAAGUUGUUGUGUUAGGCCUUGUGGUGUUACAUGUAUCAGCAGUUUUGUAAAUUAAACAAGAGAAUCUCGUGCUUUUUCUAAAAGCAUUAUCACUCUUUCUAUAUGAUGAAAAAACUAUUCAAGACUGUUGCAAACUUGAAAAAAAUAUCAUGAACAGUGUAUUUAUGAUUUGGAGAAAUAAAACUUAAUUAGCCUGAGCGGCGAUGAGUGGAAGCUGA